CGCCCCACCUUCUCCUUUCGCUCGUCAGUCCGGCUCGAGCCUCCGUGGAUAGAGUGUUGUGUGUUGUGGAUCGCGCUUUCGUACGCGAGUGUACGGACUCCUCACUGAAAAAAAUCAAGCACUCGUAGCAUGUCUUGACGAGCAGGAGAGGCGCUUCGACAGGGUCUUCGGCAGAUAAGGAUUCUCCAAAAUGGCGGGCGGUCAGCAGCUUCCGGAACAAUAUACAGUACCACAGCUCGCGAGGAUCUUCCACAGCCUGCCACAUCUGAACGUCUCUCUGCAUUCGGUCAACAAUACAUUCAAUCCUAACUCUGAAAUCUAUUUGGAGAGUCUCGGGAUACUGGGAAGCAUACCUGCAGCCUGGUUGAUCCUAACAUUGUUGGUAUUGCUAGUUUAUUUGGUAACGAGAUGCUGCGACCGGAAGCCGCGCCCUAGAAGGUCGAUAACCCUGCUGAAGUGUUCACUAGCCGUCCUGGCAUUGCUCUGUAGUGGAGCAGUUGCUGUUGGUCUUUACGGCAACGAUGACGUGCACAACGGUUUAGUACAGCUAGUGGCAGCGGCUAAGAACGUCGAUGGGAUCCUCAUGGGUGUGAGAAAUCAGACUGACACUAUAGAAGCAACUUUAAAGAAAAAGAUGCAGCCGCAACUGACUGCCCUCGGGGACGAAUUUGACGCCCCAGUCAGCAAUAAGACGAUGUUGGGUCUGCUGUUGGUAGCGCUUAACGGCAUGAAGCAAAACACAAGCAUCGCUGUGAAUCGGAGUUUCGAAAUCCGAAAGCCUUUGAGCGGCAUUAGUCUCGCCAGCGCCAUCGAGAUGGCUGAAAAAAUCGAACAUUUGAGAUGGCCUAUCACUAUGGCGGUCUUGAGCGCUCUACUUGUCCUCUGUGUGGUUCUGGUGGUCGGUGUCGCACGACACUCCAGAUGCGUCCUUAUAACAUUUUCCGUGUUCGGCUUGUUCGCCGUGAUCGUCUCUUGGCUCAUGGCAUCCUUAUAUCUAGCCACUUCUGUAGCACUAGGUGAUCUUUGCGUGUCGCCCGACGGUUAUUUAAGCAGAGAGGUGCCGCCGACCUUAGCCUUCGAGGUGCUCUCGUACUACACGCACUGCGAGAACACCCGUAGCAAUCCGUUUACGCAGAGAUUGCGAGACGGGCAGCGUGCAGUAGGCAACAUGAGGCACAAUCUGAACACUGUGACUCGAUUAGCGAUAGAGCUGUUCAAAGACCAGCAACUCCAGCCGAAACUUAGCAGUUUGUCCACGGAUGUUAAUACCGUAGAUAAACUCGUGUCGGGCUUAGCCACGUUGCUCGAUUGUAAGCCUCUCCACAAGCAAUACGUUCACGCAGUUAAGAGCUUAUGUCACUUGGGACUAUAUGGAUUAACUUUUAUGCUACUAGCCAGUUUAGCCGCGGGUCUCUUUUUCACUAUAUUGGUGUGGGUGGAUUCUCAUACGUGGAUAUAUAUCCGAAAACGAAGAGAUUACCAUCAAGUCGACGAGCAAGAUCCUUACUUGCCACCGUCAGCGGCUUCGCAGGCGAUAGCAGCGCGGACCCUUCGAGGCCAAGGGUCGUACCCGCCUACAGCCCCUCCGCUUAAUUCGAAUGCUCUUGGCACUCAUAAUACGAUUAAGCAGCCUCUCUUGCUAACGCCGCCCCCACCGUCCUACGCUACUGCGACUGCUCGAGCACGUCAACUGCACGAGAGCAUGCUAAAAGGUGGGGGUGUUAAUGGGAGCGGAGGAGGCGGGGAUCAUAAAUCGUCUCAGCAUAAUCAGCAAUCAACGGGCGGACGGGCUGAGCACCGUUCUGGACUCGGAGAUCAACCUGGCCAGUACGCGACUUUGAGCAAACAGUGCAAAACUCUAGAAUCGAGUGAUUUCUACUGAGGGCACGCCCCCGCAGGGCCCGGUAGAGAACCACCUUGGACGCCCAGCGUGGCGUCCUUUACCGGUACCCUGUCUCACAAUUCGCAUGGACCCGCUCAUCUUGCUACUUUCCAAGACUCUCGAAAGACGCAAACAUUGGAUCCGAAGAAUCUGACGAAUCUGAAAAGAGGCCCAACUCCGGCGUGGAAUCAAAACCGACCGCUACCGCCAAACCCCACGAGUCAGCCGACGUGGGAGUUUGAGUCGCGCUCACAAACCAACAUGAAUCAGUUCCGAUCGUUAGUGAGAAACAAGGCGCCUAACAUUCGCAUUCAGGAUCAGAUGCAAGAUCAGGUCAGAACUUUGGACAGAAAUUUCUCGCGUAGUCAGUUCAACGGCACUGCGCAGAACAAUGCGACGGUGCCGAAUAUGUACGGUACGUAUAAUCGAGCGCAAGGGAGGCAGGAGAAGCCGACAGUGGCUACGUUGAGUCAGGUACAGGGUAGUGAUCCUAAUCUGUAUGCUGUAACGGAACUCUAAUCGCGGAAGCGGAAGGGGCUGAGGAGAGAGAGAGAGAGAGAGAGAGAGACCAUGUUAUCGCAGAACAGAUCGUCUCAGCCUCAGUCAUAAACGCCGUGAGGUACGUGAGUAUUCAGAGUAUGCAGAGCGUACCAAGUAUACCAGAGUAAGAACGUCAUGUUACCGAGAGUCGUCUUUCAAUAGAGCUAGAAUCGUGCGAUUCGGAGUUCCUAUAAAGAAACGGCAAACCGAUUUUGGGGAUCUGCGAUAAAAGUGAGAGAAAUUGGGGGCGAAACAGUUUUAAAGUACUGUGUACUACGAACUUGCGUAAGAAACACACUUUAUAUCCGAGAUUUUAUACUUGUAUAUCAUGUACAGUGAUUGUGGUAGGUCCUUCUGUGCGUUAUCCUCUAUCUCUUUGUUACCCGCGCUGUUGGGUUAGACGUGCGCAAAGUACAUUCAGCAAUAGACGGGAUACAUAUUUACAUAUGGCAGCGCCAUGUAUUUAUUGCUUGUUGAUCGGAGAGCUGCACGAACGAAUAAGCGCAAAAUCUCUCACAUGAAAGCUUCAUGUUCGGCAUCGAUCGUUUACAGAGAUACCACUUUGCUUAUUCAUUCUAAAAUUAGCCGUUAAUUUCGUAUCUGAUAUUUAACUCUAGGAGCUAGAUAUAUACAUAUAUAUAUAUAUAUAUAUAUAUACUACAAAUUAAAGAAAAAUACCAAAAUACACCAUGAAGAAAAUACCAAGUUACAGUUUUUAUAUACUUUUUACAUUUUAAUCUCUUCUCGAACGGUAUCCGCAAGGCGAAUCUAUAUACGUUGAAUUUUCUGUGAGAUAUUUUAUACACUUUAUAUGUGUAUGUGAACGUAUACAUCUAGUUGCCGCACGAAUGACUGGUAAUUUUUACGAAAUGUAUCGGCAGAUUGGCAGAACUUGAUUGAUUAUGGGAUAUGCUCGCGAUACUGCCAAUGUGCUCAUGCGAAUAUACUUUUUAAGUACAAAACAUGGUGGUAGCACAGGUGUGUGUAUGUGUGUGUUACAUAGGUUUUUCAGUUUUUAUAUGAAGAACGGGCGUUUAAGGUAUCGACGAAACGAUUAAGAAUAUUGGAAACAUACCAUUCCACAAGCGGUACUAGUUAAAAAGUACGACGUACUCUUUUUAGAGGAAGCGGAAAAAUGAAUCUAUCGCAAAAGUUGAAUCUUAUUAUACUUUGUAAGGGCCGAGAGAAUGAAUUUUCUGCGGAAUGCAGUCUUCCUGAAACAUUCUAUAUAUAGCACUAGAAAUAUACUGGGUAUCCGGCAAUUAUUCGGUACUGGUAAAAUUGGGUUUUACGUCUUGCUGUCGAUCGCUGAAAAACCAAUGAUGGAUCCGCGCAUAAACGCGCUAGGACAAUGACAAGGCAAGUUGGCAUUUGCUUGCCAACAAAAUAUGGCAUUUUCUAAAAUUUUUAAUCUUAGUUUCCAAUAAUCAUCUGUGAAAUGCUAAAAUCGUUACAUUUUAAUCGUGACCAUUAUUUAAUAAUGGGAGGAUUGUUAUACGUUUAGCACAAUUAAGUUCCAGUAUCGAGGAGCGAAUCUAUGCCUGAAUAAUAGUCGAUCGGACGAGUGUUGUUUACUUACACAAGUAUUCAACGUUCGGUUGACGAGUUGUCUUCGACUCCACGGAUGUCCGAUUUCUCCAGUAUCCAGUAUGUCUCUAAUUGAUGUUAUCUCAAGAUUUGUAAGAGUUGAGAGAUAGAUCUUCGGCAAAAUUGCAAAUGACUCUUUAUACUCGCAUCCGCAUAUAAUUCAGUAAGUCUGUAUAUAAACAAUAAAUCUUAAGAUUAUCGAGCAAACGUGAAGUGUGAUAAAUCGAAUCUAGAUGUUAUACGAACUUUGUCAAGGAGCACUUUGUUAUUUCGGUUGACGGUUGGACGACGACGAAGACGACUUCGAGGGUGGAAUUCCGAAAUGUGGAACGACAAAUCGUGCCAUUUUCCAAGAACAUUUGCAUUUAUCGCAAUUACUUUCCAGAGGUUUCUUAGGAUUUGUGUCAUGUAAAACGAUUAUAUAAUCGCAAUAUCUCAAAUAUUACGAGAAGCGUGAAUAUAGAAAAA